UAGGGGGAAGCAGUCAGCCCCCCAGCUUACUGCUUGCAAGUAGUACCAUGCCAGGGGGAGACCACACAAUUUCCACGUCUUCUUUAUUAAGUGGGAGCCUCUCUGUUACCUCUUGACAGUAGCAAGAAUAAGAUCACUGGAGUGAAUGAGAAAUGAUCAGGUGAAUAUCAGUAAAGGAAAGAGAGGUCCCCCUUUCUAUGAAUUUGGCUGAGAAAGGGAGGACCGAUUUAAGAGAGUGGCUUGCGGGAAUGUUAGGGUCCAAUGAAGCCUUUUUUAAGGAGGGCAGCUGGGAAGGAGCCAGUGCCUGGAGGAGGGGGAGGGAAGAUCUGAGACAAGGUGAUGAAAUGCACUAGUCGAAAGUCGCCCGGUGCAAAACGCAAUACUUUGACCGGCUGUGCACGGGGCAGAGAAAGGCGCUGGAUCCAGACAGAGGAAGUGACCCUCUAUGGGGCACUGAAUGCCCAUCACACGCAGCCCCGGGGAAAGAAAACAGCCUCAGACAGGCCUGCAGCAGCCCAGGAACCAGGGCGGCGGCUCGCAGCCAGAACCUACGUCAGCCAACCACGAAGGGCGGCGCAACAAUGGGGCACCUGACAGCCAAUCCUCGGCGAGCUCUCGGCCCCAGCUCGUCUCCGUCCAAUGAGGUGCCAAAACGGCAUGAUCCUGCGCGAUCGUCGCCCGCCUAGAUUCCUGGCUGUCUUUUUGGCAGUUUGCUGUUGAUUACUCCCGCAAAGAGUUUGAGAGCGGGGUCGAAGGGCAGGGCUUCGAGAGCGGCCCUAUAAAAGCUGGGGCCGGCCUCCCAUAACUCCUGCCCGGUCGCCUUUCUCCACCUUUGGCCUCCGGACCUAGGCCGGCGCAUAGUCCCUUUUGCGAUCACGCCUGCGCAGAAUGGGAGGGGGUUUGGUAGGGUGUGUGGAGGCGUGCCGGUAGACUCCCUUCCGGAGGGCCCUGCCGAGCCGCGCCUGCGCAGAGGUGCCUGGUCGGUUCCGCAGAAAUGCAGUCCCUGCUGUCCCUGUGCGCUGUGCAGGUGACCCGACACCAGACUCUGGCGUGCCGGGCUCUGGCCUCCCUGCCUCGGGAGCUGUACCCGGCCUUAUUCCAGGCCGCCUUCAUGUAUGGCAGAACGCUGGUGCUGCAGGCACUGGUGCAGACGUGGCCCUACCCAUGCCUCAGCUUCCGGCAGCUGCUGCCCAAGCCCAAGCAGCUAGGCUGGCCCGAGCGGCCCCGCAAGGAGAGUGUGCAAGCCGUGAUCCUGGCGCUGCUCGCAGCGCCGCGCAGCAGGGAAUCUAGCAGCAGGUAGGUCCCUGGCCACAUCCCUUUAUCAUGGGGUAGGCAAAGAAAAGGAGCCUGACCUGGAACUGCCAAACUAGGGACUGAACCAAGGCAGUUGGAGCCUGGAGCCUCAACCUGGAACCUCAGCAUCUUCCUCAAGGGCAUCUAUUCAUCUCUUUUAUUUGUCAAGGUCUUCUGGUUUGGAGAGGAAGUGAGGAAUAUCUGACUUCCGUUCCCUUCCAGCUCUAUAAGUAUAAUAAUUAGCAUUUUAUGGAGCUUUAAGGUUUGAAAAGCACUUUACAUACG